CGGGCGCGUUCAACGGUUUUAUUCAAGUGCUACAGACUCUCUCCGUGAAACAUCGCGUCCAAGCCAUCUCCGACAUCCGUCUCCGAGUCUGGUCAUGAGAAGGGAUGUGCGGAUCCUACUCGUAGGCGACGAGGGCGUCGGAAAGAGCACGAUCGUCACUUCUCUCAUCAAGGAGUCCUUUGUUGCUCAUGUCCAACAUGUCGUCCCAGAAGUCACUAUACCUCCGGAGGUCACUCCAGAAAAUGUCACCACCUACAUUGUCGAUUCCGGCAGCGGGUCUCAGGAUCGACCGCACCUCGAAUCGGAAAUCCGGAAAGCACACGUUAUAUGUGUAGUCUACUCGAUCGACAACCCAAACUCCUUCGAUCGCAUACCUACGUACUGGCUACCAUACUUCCGUCAACUAGGAGUCAAUGUCCCGGUUAUUCUUGUUGGUAACAAGAUUGAUCUCCGAGGCGGGGAGGUCACGAACGAGGCGCUUGAGGAGGAGAUAGUCCCUAUCAUGAAUGAGUUCAAGGAAGUCGAGACAUGUGUAGAAUGCUCCGCGAAGCUUCCUUUGAACGUGUCAGAAGUGUUCUAUUUUGCCCAAAAGGCUGUGUUGCAUCCGACCGCACCUCUAUACGACUCAAGAGAUCAUGUGCUCAAGAAAGAAUGCGUUGCUGCCCUUCGGCGAAUAUUCAAGCUUUGCGACACAAAUAAAGACGGCAUCCUUGAUGCUGCUGAGUUGAACGAGUUUCAGCGCAAAUGCUUCGAUGCACCUCUUCAGGCCCAGGAACUGGAGGGCAUUAAAGCGAUGGUACAAGAACACGCCGAAGGAGGCGUCAGAGAUGGUGGUCUGACCGAAGCUGGCUUCCUCUAUCUGCACACUAUCUUCAUUCAGCGCGGUCGUCUUGAAACCACUUGGACAGUCUUACGGAAGUUCGGCUACGCAGAAGACCUUCGGCUGACAGAGAGCUUCCUAUACCCGAAAUUUGACAUGCCAUCUGAGUGCUCUGUCGAGUUGAGCCCCAAGGGUUAUCAGUUUUUCACUGACAUAUUUGAAUCGUUCGAUAAGGAUCAAGACGGAGCUCUGAAGACGGAAGAACUGGAAGAGCUGUUCAGCACGUCGCCCGGCAACCCAUGGGCAAGCCUUAAAUUUCCGGAUACGACCAUCGCAGACGAUACUGGUGCCGUCACUUUGCAAGGCUGGCUAGCGCAAUGGAGCAUGACAACUUUACUUGAUUACAAAACCACGUUGGCAUAUCUCGCAUAUCUGGGAUAUCCAGAAGAGCCUCGGACGAGCGCUUUACAAAUCACGCGGCCACGGAAGGUGGACCGGAGGAAGGGUAAGGUGACGCGAAACGUGUUUUUGUGCUACGUAUGCGGCGCGGCAGGCUCAGGGAAGACAUCGCUACUGCGUGCGUUUGUGGGCAAGCCCUUCAGCAAGGUGUACCAGCCAACGAAGAAAAUGAAUUGCGUGGUCAAUUCUGUCGACAUUGAUGGAUCCGAGAAGUACCUGGUUCUCCAAGAGUUUGGGUCAAAAUACGAAGCAGAGACCCUCAAGAACCCGAAGAAGACGGAUUUGGCGGACGUUAUUGUCUACGUGCAUGAUUCGAGCGACACGAACUCCUUUUCAUACAUCAGCAAUCUGAGGCAACAAUAUAGCCUAGAUCAUAUACCAACCUUGUUUGUAGCCACAAAGUCCGAUCUGGACCUUGCACAGCAGCGGCAUGAGGUGCAGCCUGAUGUGUACUGUCGACGGCUUGGCCUACAGGUCCCUGUCGCUGUGAGCGUGAAAACAGGUCAGAUUGCAGACGUGUUCCAUGCAAUCUGCAGCGUUGCCAUGCAUCCGAACUCUGCGAUACCGGGUGGCUCUGAUCGAGCAGGGUCGGCCGCGGCGCGUAUCCGGACGUACGUGACGGUGUGCACGGUGGUCGGAGGCUUAGCGGCGGGCCUUUUUCUAGUAUAUCGAGCACUUGCGCGGCCAGGGAGCACCUUCAGCAGCCGGAGCUGGUCGCUGUGGAGUUGGAUUCUGGGCAGCGCGAAGAGGGAACUUUAG